CACUGUUGUAUCGGAGCAUCCAAAGUAUCUUCAAUUGAGUAUACACCUUGUCCGAUACUAUGUUCCCUCCCAAAGUCUACCAGUUCCUCGUCGGGCUGUUUGCUGCCCUGGGCUCGUUUCUGUACGGCUAUGACCUGACCAUUGUCGCCGAGGUAGUCGUUGCCAGCCACUCCUUCCUGGAUUACUUCGACCCCUCCACCACGCAGGUCGGCCUGGUCGCCUCGCUGCUCACUGCCGGGGCGGUAGUGGGCGCCGGCAUCGCGUACCCCUGCUCCGACCGGUUUGGCCGCCGGGCCACCAUCUUGGCGGGGGGGAUCGUCUUCUGCCUGGGCGGGGGCUUACAGACAGGGGCUCGCAACUAUAGUUACAUUAUGGGAGGGCGCUUCAUUGCGGGAAUUGCGAUCGGCAUCCUGACAAUGAUCAUCCCCCUAUACCAGGCAGAGCUGGUCCAUCCCGACAUCCGUGGCUUGGUGACUGGUCUGCAGCAGUUUGUGCUGGGCGUUGGCGGCGUGUGUGGCAGCUGGAUCAGUUACGGCACCUUCGUCUCCUUCACUGAUAACCGACAAUGGCGCAUCCCCCUCGGCAUCCAGAUCGCCCCCGCCGCGCUCCUGUCGGCGCUGAUCCUGCUGUUCCCCGAGUCCCCGCGCUGGCUGAUCAGCAACGGCCAGGCGGACAAGGGACUGGCCACCCUCGCCAAGCUGCACGCCAACGGCAACACGCAGGAUCCCUGGGUGCUGGCCGAGUUCGAGCAGAUCCAGCUGCAGGUGGGCGAGGAGCAGGAGCUGAGGAAGCUCUCCAUCCUCCAGCUCUUCUCCAACAAGGCCAAUUUCCGCCGUCUGUUGCUCGCCUGUGCCAUGCAGGCCGCCACGCAGAUGACGGGCGUCUCCGCCAUCCAGUACUACUCGGUCACCAUCUUCGAGCAGAUCGGCAUCGACAGCACCAACACCCUGCGCUACCAGGCCAUCAACUCCAUCAUCGGUCUGCUCGGCGAGCUCCUGCUCAUGCUAAUCGUCGACCGUAUCGGCCGUCGCAAGCUGAUCAUCGGCGGCAACCUCGCCAUGUGUCUGACCUAUAUCAUCAGCACCAUCCUCAUGGCCCAGUUCCCCCCUCAAGUCGACAAUAAAAGCGCCCAUUGGGGGUUCAUCAUCAUGACUUGGCUCUAUAACUUUUGCUUUGCUAGCAUGGGCUCAUUAUCUUGGAUGAUUCCCGCCGAGAUCUUCGACACGGCCACCAGAGCCAUGGGUGUCGCCAUGGGUUGUAUGGUUUCUUUUGCAGUCAAUACCAUGAUCGGCCAGGUUACUCCUAUCGGGAUGGCCCAUUCAGGAUGGAAGUUCUACCUUCUGUUUGUUGUCUGCAAUUUCACAAACGCCGUCUUUUUCUGGGCCAUGCUCCCUGAAACCAAGAUGCUCCCCCUGGAGGAGAUGAAGGAACUGUUCACCCGCUCGCCCUGGUUCGUGGGAAGCAUGGAUACCACCAAAUUCCACGGCGAGAGCAUCGAAGAGCGGGCUCACCAGAUUGCCGCCAAGGAGACCCCCGAGCAUGCAGAGGAGGUUUAGACAGUCUUGCCAACUUUUCCACUAUCCUCAAGUGUGAUCUAUCAUCUCAGGUUGCUGCUAUAUAGUCUUUAAUUAUACUCGCCAGUAGUAUAUUAGCUGUAUACUUCCCCCAUGAAUGUACUAUCAU